GUGCCCAGACCCUCUACUUGUCUGCCACAGCCUCUGCAUCCCAAGCUGGCUACUUCUGCUUUUAAGGGGCAUCGUCUUACAUCCUCCUCCCUACCCGAGAGUCUUCAGCCUUUCAGGGCCCCCCUAGAACACUGCGGGGUGGUCCCCCAUGGGAGCCCGAGGCGUCGGACCAGAGGGGAGGGGCGCGCGGUGCUCCGAGCGCCCAGGGCCCGGCCUCUGACCCGCGCAGGCGCACAGGCACGCUCCCCACUCCGGUUUCAUGGAUUCCCAGUCCAGCUGCGUGGUGGUGACCGGUUUUGGGCCUUUCCGGCAGCAUCUGGUGAAUUCUAGCUGGGAAGCGGUGAAGGAGCUUUCCAAGCUGGGCCUGGGGAAUGACCUGGGGGUGGAGCUGCGGAUUCUUCAGCUGCCAGUGGAUUACAAGGAGGUGAAGAAGAGGGUCACUAGAAUCUGGGAAGAUCUUCAACCACAACUCGCCGUGCACGUGGGCGUGGACCCCGCCGCCAAGGCCAUCUUUCUGGAACAGUGCGGCAAGAACCGGGGCUACCGGGACGCUGACAUCCGGGGCUUCCGGCCGGAGCACGGCCUGUGCCUUCCGGAUGGCCCGGAAGUGAUCGCUUCGGGGGUCAGCAUGAAGGCUGUCAGCCGGCGCGCGAGGGUCGAGGGCGUGGAGGUGGCGUUUUCCCGAGAUGCGGGCAGGUAUGUCUGCGAUUACACCUACUACCUGUCUUUGCAUCAUGGAAAUGGGUGCGCGGCGCUUAUCCACAUCCCUCCAUUAUCUCGUUGGCUCCCGGCCAGCCUGCUGGGAAAAGCCCUGCAAGUCAUCAUCCAGGAAAUGCUGGAGGAGACCGAGAAAGCCCGGGCUCAGGGCCUGGUUCACGGGAAGCUCGGCCUGGGCGAUUUCAGCCAAAGGGAACUGACAGGGGGACUGCUGCUUUAGAGAAAAUUAAAUGUUUCAAUCCCAUUUGUAGAGUUCAACUGUGCUUUGAGAGGCUUUUAAAAACUUACUUGUAAAACAGUUUACACAGAGGAAAAAAGUUCUGAAUUAGCCCAACGAAAUCACAAAGGGUUAUUUUAUUGUCAGAAGCAAGAAGACCACUCUGAAAGGCAGACAUUUCACAGGGGAUGCACUAGCUUCAGCUAUGGUUUUCCUGACAAUAAAAUGAAAUGCUGGUGAUUUUUUGUUUCCCUCGUAAAAGUCCAUGCAGUGGGCCUGUGUGAUCCUGCCCAGGGUGCUGAGACCCCAGACCUGUUCUGCAGAGCCCUGCAUGGUGGGGUGACUGUACCAGCUGAUCACGGGAGAUGGGGGGUGCAGCCCGGGCACCCCACACUGGCCUCCAUACUGGUGUGCCCGGGUGCUCUGGGCAGUGAGCCACUGAGUCUCUAGUGUUUGGGGUUUUUUUUCUUUACUUUACUAAAAAAUUGUGGUUAAAAUACACAUAAAACAUACCAUUUUAACCAUUUUUAAGUGUUCAGUGGCAUUAUGUACAUUCACUGUUGUACAACUGUCACCACCGUCCAUCUCCAGAACUUUCUCAGCAUCCCAAACUGAAAUUCUGCCCCCAUUAAACAGCAUCUCCCCUGCCCUCCCCUGGCCCUUGGGUUAUUCUGCUCUC